CAAUUGUUACAAGAAACGUCUGAUACUUUAUGAGACACACGCGAGAUACGCUUUUUUGAACGUUUAAUAAUCGCGAAAAGAAUGGGACGAUCCGCUCGUCCGUCCAUCUGUCGUGGCGUCUUUUGUGACUAUAUUCAAAAUCUAUCGAAUAUUGCGAUUCUCGAAAUAUCGAAAAUUAUUGAGAGGGCGUCAUAGUAUAUGUGUGUACUUCAGCUUUGUUAUCUUUUACGCGAGGGACACAGAAAUUCUUGGAGACGAUCUUCGGUGCCAAGAGGCAUAUUUAUAUCAGUACUUGUACUUAUGCGUGACAUCUUGUCAUCUCGUUGUUAUCACACAAAAUGUUGGCAUUAGAACGUAUACCUGAUCAAACUGGAUACUUGGUAUUGACAGAGGAUGGUGCUGUAUUAACGUCUGGAGGAGAUUUGGAAAAUGAUGAGAGAAUAGCAAAUAUCAUUAGUAGUUUAGUCACAUUGACAAGUAAAGUUGAUCCCAAGGCGUUUCCUUUGAACAAUGCCUUUGAAAAAAUAUCAAUCAAUUAUAAAGAUCAUUGCUAUGUUAUAUGUCUUUCCAAUAAAAAGAUUUAUGUGGUGAAGAGGAAUCUACCAUCUCCAACUGCAGCAGACAUGGAAUUGCAACCUACCAUUGAGAUGUGAAUUAAAGUAAUUCAUGCAAGAUAAAUAAAUAUACUUUGUAAACUUUAAUAUAUUUAACGUACACAAGUUUAACAUCUUCAAUCAUUUGGAAAAAUUUAUUCAUUGUUAUGUAUUUAUCUAGAAAUAUGUCAUUUUUAAGAAUAAAGUUAGUGCAAUGUAUUGUGUAGUUUUAGAAAAGGGUAAAUGCUUUGUGUUAUUUGAUGUAAUUUCUUUCAAUUAAUAAUGUAGAA